AUGCACGGAGUAGCGAUCGCGACAGCGAAAGAGAAUAUGCUGGCGAGACUGCAAAGCAGCCCCGCAAGUGCAGCCGUGAGGCUCAUUGAUCUUGAAGCGACAAUAAUACGCUCCAAUGGGCGCAUGGCCAGUUAUACACCGGCAAACGCGGGCGAACUGGGGCGAUCUAUGUUGAAGGUCACCUCCAUCGUCCACGCCUACGACGGUUUGUUGUUGGUCACCCCCGCUGUUGCCAGCCCGUCCGACUUGGACGUACUGCGCAACUUGAUUCGCGAAAGCCUUCCAACGGGUACCCCGUUCGAGGUUGCGCUCCCAUCAUCGACGUCUUUCAUAAAGAUCCUCGACGUUCCCUACUUCGAUCCGAAAGGGUUGAAGAUCACCCAGGAGGCGCUUGAAAAGGCCCUCCGUACCUCGGUUCACACUGAGGUUUUCGCAUAUCUGAGCACCAAGCCUCGGAUCGACCGCAACUCGGCGCACUCGACAUCGUGCACCGUAUAUUGCAACAUUUGGGACUCCCAACAAGGAACCCACGCCAAGAAGGCCUUAGGCCAACCGAUCUUCCUCGCUGGGUGGUCCUGCGCAAUCAGGCCCGCUGCACGUCACACUGGGGUCCCACUAUGCCAGCGCUGCUGGAAGUGGGGCCACCCCACUGUCGCCUGCAAGGCGAAACAACUCUCUUGCCCCAUCUGUUCGGGUCCGCACAAGCAGAAGGAGCACCGCCAACAUGCGGGAUGUUGCAAGGGCAACACGAAAGCGAAACCCCCUGUGCUGCCCACCCCUCGCGACCAGCCUUGCCCCCAUAAGGGCCGCUGUGUCAAUUGCCACAAGGACCAUGCCGCCAACUCGGCUUCGUGCAAGUUCUGGGCUCAUCGCUACGACCGUGAGUGGAUCAUGGCCGAGUAUCGUCAAGUAUGUGAGCUUGCUGCUCGCCGCCAACUUACUAACCCCCGAACCUAG